AUGGAAAUUGAUGGUAACUCAUUAUUGUUCAUAAUCAUCAUUUUGUUCUUGUUCUUUUCAAGUCCAGGUGGUGAUGGUGUCUCUUCACAAUAUGAAUUCAAUCAGUUACAGAAAUUGAGGGAGCAGGUUUCCAAAGAAUAUAAAUCUUUCGAAGAAAUGACUUAUAAUUCAAAUUUUAAAGAUAUAACAGGUUUGAAAUUAAGUUAUCUAGAUAUCAAAAAUUCACCAGAGAUUAACGCAACUUACCCGUUACCAGAUAAACAUUAUGAUAGUUGGGAGCCAACUGAAAAGUAUAUGCUUUUACCAGAUAGUCUAAUUAAGAUAAUUGAUGAAGAAGUUUGGUAUAACUCUAAUGCAAAUAGUAAUAAUAUAUUCCCGCCAAAUAUUUCAAGUACUGUACUAGGUAAGGUCAAUCUAAUAUCUAACAACGAGUAUCUGUUGAACCCAAUGCCUAUACCGAGAUUUUAUGAACCUUCUACAGAUUUUUCAAACACUGUCCCACCAGAAGGUGAACUAUAUUUACGUGAUUUUUUACCAAGGAAUAAAGAUUUAAAUGUGACUUUCACUCAGGGUGAUUUAACGAUUGAAAUUUCUCAUCUAAAUAAAGUAGCGUCUGAGAUAAAUUAUUCAAAGAAAAAAGAAUUUAAUACACAGUCAGACAAAUGGAAACUUUUAAAUUUAAGAAUUACUUUUCAUGAUUCUUCAGAAAAUCAAAAACAUUCAAUAAAUACAUUGGCUGUAUAUGAUAUAACAAGAGGAAGAAUUCUUUCCAUAUCACAAAGUGCUAAGUUCCGUUCCAUAUUUGCAUUUCCACAUUACUUUAAUUUUAAAGCUGAUCCAUCUGAUAAGGUCUUCAACGAAGUUAAACAAUUAAUUAACGAUUAUGUCACAACAUCAAAUUAUGUAGAGACAUUGACGAUGUCUAAUAUACAAGAGUGGUACGAUGAAUCUCAUUCAAAAUGUGAGUUUAUGACUUUCCUCCAGUUGGAACCUUGGAAUCAAUACACCAAGGAUCAAAUAAAGAUGAUUGAUGAUGAAUUGAAAUGGCCAUUAGGAAGACCAGCAAAUUUAUCCUCGUUACCACCGAUUUCAAUUAAAUCAGGCCUUUUAUUUUCUCCUGACUGUGGUCUUCAUUUACAACUUGAAAAUGUUAAAGGUGAAAGAUACGAGCUACAAGUAAGGUCGAUAAGAGUUCAAUUAAUGUUCGGAGUUCUUUUAUUUGUUUCCCAGAUAUAUUUAUUGUUACUUCAGAUGAAAUACACCAAUACCCCUUCAAGUAUCAAUAAAAUUUCUUUUUAUACGUUAUCCAUGAUUAAUUUAGUCGAUGGUUCUUUAGCGACUAUGUAUUUCAUUGCCGCAAGUGUAUUACCUGAACUAUAUUUGCCGUUGGUCAUUAGUGCAUUCAUAUGUUUCAUUUUGGCUUCCAUUUUUGAAACACGUUAUUUAAUUUCAGUGUAUUCAUCUCAAAUUAAUGAGCAAAGUGUUGGAAUAUUAACAUUACUAAGAGGAAAUUUAUCAGAAAACAAUGAACAACGACAAACUAUUAUACCAGAUGAUGCGUCAAUCAGUAGUUCAUUAUACGGUAGAUUUUUUUUCUCAUUAAUUACUUUUACAUUUUUGAUACUAAGUUCUACAGCCUGGUCCAAACAGUUCAGAAUGGUAUUUGAAUAUGUAACAAUAUUUGCCUUGAACUCUUAUUGGAUACCACAAAUAUUCAGGAAUGCUAUUAAGGGUUCACCACCCAGAGGAUCUAGAAGAAACUUAAAUUCAAGCCUUAGAAGACAAUAUAAGAAUCCCUUCUUAUGGAAAUUUGUAAUAGGAACAACUUUAAUCAGGGUUUUACCAGUAGUAUAUGUUUUCACAUAUCCUUCCAAUAUUUUUAGACACCACAAGGAUACAUUCUUUGCUGUAUUGCUAUGUUGCUGGCUUGGAUUCCAACUUCUGGUGUUAUAUUCACAAGAAAUAUUUGGAUCUCGUUGGUUUCUACCCAAGCUUGUUAUUCCUGAAGGAUAUUCUUAUCACAAGGCAAUGUCAUUACAAAAUCUUUUGGAACACGGUGCUUCAUCAGACCAUACUGUAGACUGUGCCAUUUGUAUGUCCGAAGUUCCGGUGUACGUGGAUGAUGUUCCAACAACACAUAAGGUUGACUUAGACAGUUUCAUGAUUACUCCAUGUAACCAUGUAUUCCAUACUCAAUGUUUAGAAAAUUGGAUGGGAUACAAAUUACAAUGUCCGGUAUGCAGGGCUCCAUUACCACCAUUAUAA